CGCUGAAGGCGACUACAAACAUGCUUCUCGACGAACAGCGACAGAUCCACGAGGACCUGGAGCGCCUCGAAGAUGCCGUUGCAGAGCGUCUUCUCGAAGAUCCUCCACACAUCCGCGACCGUCUAGCACGUGAUCACGACAUUGCGCGAUUCCUUGAACAGAUAGAAACACAGUCCGGCCGGUUACUGGCCAUAUACGAAGAUGAAGAAGGCAAGGACGAGGAGGUGCGCAACCUCACGCACGGCGACCCUAUGGAGUCGUUCAUGAAGGAGAUUGCCAACGUCAAGGACUUCCACCGCCGAUACCCCAACGAGCCCGUCGAGAACCUCGAGAAGGCAUACAAGAAGCGGUCGCCCGAAGAUCAAGCACAGUCGAUCGCAGCCAUCGACUCCAUGUUCACUGGAGAGGAAGGCUUUGGUCGAUUCUUCGAUCUGACCACGCUUCAUGAACAGUACUUGAACUUGUCUGUUCACCAACACGCGCGCCGCCUAACCUAUCUACAGUACCUUGAUCUAUUCGAUGUCUUUACUGGGCCACAAAGCAGCAUUCGACGCGAUCAGAAGAAGUCGGAGCCUUAUUUCCAGUAUUUGAAAGCGCUGCAAGAGUACCUCGAGAGCUUCAUGCGCCGAACGAAGCCCCUAGAGAACCUUGAUAAGCUAUUCGCCGGUUUCGACAAGGAGUUCGAAGAAAUGUGGGAGAAGGACCAGAUUCCAGGGUGGGAGAAGAACGCGCUGUCCUCCGCGCCGACAAAUGGGGACGCGCCGGGCGAGGGCAUCUGGUGCGCUGCCUGCCAGAAGGGCUUCACAAAAGAGACAGUCUUUGAGGCGCAUUUGACAGGAAAGAAACACAAGAAGGCCGUACAAGCGAGCGAAAACACCAGUGCACCAGCACAGACAAACGGCGCAUCAUCAGACAUCCAACGGUUCAAGGAGCGAGCCGUUGCCGAGCGAGAGUUCAAAAUCAAGAAGCUGGCCGCAGCCAUGCAGACCGAGCGCGGUGAUACUAAGGUCAAUGUUGAGCGAAAGCAGGGCAUGACAGAACGGGAAAGACAGCAAGAGUUGGAACAGCUGUACUCUGAGCAGCCAGCAGAGGGUGCGAAGGAGGACGAUGACGAAUCGGACGGCGAAGACAAGAUCUACAACCCUCUUAAGCUGCCUCUUGCCUGGGACGGCAAGCCAAUCCCUUUCUGGCUCUACAAGCUUCAUGGAUUGGGCGUCGAGUUCCCUUGCGAGAUCUGUGGUAAUUUCGUCUACAUGGGGCGGCGCGCUUUCGACAAGCACUUCAACGAGCCUCGCCACAUCCACGGUCUCAAGUGUCUGGGUAUUACUAAUACGACACUAUUCCGCGAGAUUACGAGCAUUCAAGAAGCCGAGACGCUAUGGAAGAAGAUCCAGAAAGACAAGAAGAGGGAGAAGACGGCAGCAGAGAACGUCGUCGAGAUGGAGGAUACAGAAGGCAACGUCAUGCCUGAAAAGGUCUACCGCGAUCUGGCUGCUGCAGGCAUGCUCUGAGCAAUUCCCUGAAUUAGAAGUCUCACUAUUUGACUUCCAAGUUGAACAUACUCAAAGAUCAAGACCACAGAUCAGACACAGCCACUCAUCGUCGAGUCAAGAAUGACAAGCCGCACUCUGCGGGUCCACUGCAAGCCAACAAGGCACACAGGUCUGGCCGAUUGCCCUUGAUGUUGCAGACGUUGUGCCCACGCGAUAUUUGAGAAUCUAUUGCUACCAAUGUUCGGUGUUGAAAAGGGAUAGAACGCAGGAUAUAGUCUGAUAGCUACAAAGGCAUCAGUGUAAGAUAUAUACCCAAAUGAAGAAACGCUG